AGGGACCCGUUAGAAGACAAAGUUUCAAGAUGGCCGCCAAAUAGCACGUUUUGUUUUGAAGGACGUUUGAUCAAUUUAUUUUGCCAGCUGAGAAUGUAAUUUUUCCCUCAAAUGUUUUUCCUUUGCUGUGUAUCAUCUUAAAAAAAAUGGGAGUCACCUGGUGAGUAGUAUGAUCGACGAUAGGGAUAUAACGACAAUUAGUGUCAAGCAUAAAACAGCAACAAAUUCUUAUUUUUCCUUUCUUUUUAACUGUAAAAAGUGUCAUUCCUGUGGAACUACCAGAGGGCAAGAGUGGCCAGCAGGCAUUUGCUAUAGAAAAAUUACAGAAGCGUGCAGAGUUGAUGGGUGCCACCAAAACUGGGACUUGGUGUGUUAACUGUGAGACUUAUCAAGCGAUCACAACCUUUAGUAAGUCUGUAUUUCUUUCAGAUUUACUGUUUAAGGAACUGAGAUGUUUUUGGGGGAAAGUUUUAAUUAUCUCCUGUGUUCCCUGUGCACAUCAGCAGACAAGUCAAGCUAGUGAAUCUGUUUGGGGAUCUUUCAUUAACGAACCGAGGCACUGAGGAAUCGAGAGAAGCCCCCAGGGUGGAAGGGAGGGGAAAAAAGGCAACUUGAACGACCGAGUGAGAUAAGUGAUUGAAUUACGGCAUGAUGUCUGUCAGCACCCAGCUGGUGAAAUGGGGCUAAUUAAGUUAUAAAUUCCCUCAGAAUAUGAACAUUUUUUGCUCGCAAUCAUGUGACAAGGCAGCUGCAGCCAGGUUGCCCAACCAAAAAAUACAAUAUUAAUUUUUGUUCACAGAAUUUGCGUGAAAAAGAGUUAAGUUUUCAGUGGAGGGCUGAAAGGUGUUAUUCUUGUCAGGCAAAUUGGCUGCUAUGACGUUAGUUGCAAAGCAGCAAUAUUUUUGUUGUUGUCUGAUUUCUUUUUUUUGUUGUUUUCCACUUCAACUAAUCAGAAGAGUUUGAUUCCUCUUUAACACCAAAACAUGUCCAUAAUACAGUUACUUCACUAUUACAAAGAUACCUACUACCUACCGCAGCAACUUCAUACAAUUUCUGUAUGUAAUGUGGACAUUUUCAUAUUAAUAAGGUUCUGAUUUUCUCUUUUGUCUGUCAAUUAAGAAAAACAUCUUAAAAACAUUUUUGUACAGGAGUGUGCUUGAAUUUGCCGAGGUCAUAAUUUCAUUAAACUCUAUUCUGACAGGCACAGCAAGUAAGCUGAUUCAUCUGUUGCACAGCACUGAGUUUCCUUAUUCAUCAUUUGCUGUAUUGGAAACAGGAACCUGUCUUGUAGCUGAUUCGGGCUUUGACUCACUUAUGACCAAGUUAAAGACAUUCUAUACACCCAGAAAAACUGCCAAGAUUGAGGUAACUUGAUCUAACAAACCACCUUUAUCGAAUACUGUAAAUCCUCUAUUAAGCCCCCCCUCUCAAAUAGGCCCCCUCCCUCAAAUAAGCCCCCUCUUUUUAGGGGGAGAAAGUUAAUAAGCACCCCUUCCCUCCCCUUAUUUUUCUUCACUGAUAAAUGAUAGACUUAAUUAAUCAAUUACGACUGUAAAACUUUGUGUGGACUGAUCCAGAAUGGUUUAUUUACCAACUGGAAGUUUGGAUUUGAUUCUGAUCUUUGUCUACAUGACGUCCAACCUUCUUGUACUUGACCUUUUCCACUUUGUAUUCUAGUUCUUUAUGGAGAACUGAUACCAUCAUCCUUUCUAAAUGAAAUAAGCCCAAAUACCCCCCUCCCGUCUCUGUUAAGCUACCCCCCUCCAAGCCCUCCCCUAAGCCCUCCAAUCAAUCAAUCAACUUUAUUUAAACACGGUAAAUGGCUCAGCAAGCUGGUUUUCAGACAUGCCGUGUGAUAAUUACAAUUUAUAAAAAUUAAGACUAGUGAUUAACUAACAAUACAAUAGUCAGCAAAAAGGUGUGACCAACCUUGUACCAUCAUGAAGUUGAAAUUUCAGAAAGGUGUCCCUUAAGGGAUAGCUAACUGCAUAAAUGGUUUCAUCAUGACCAAGUUUAUUUCCAUAUUUUCAAUAAAAGUAAUCUGGGCUGCUUACUUGAAGUCUUAUUGGGCAGUUUUGUUGGAGUGGCUGCAGCUACUAUACCUAAACAACAGAUGUGAUUGCCAAGUGUGAGGGCAAGGUGACUAGGCAUUCAUCACUUUUUGGAUUUGCGUGCCGACACCGAGACAAGAUUAAGGCCCACACUCACUGCACAAUAUCUACCAUCUAACACCCUUGACUGUGACUGGGUGUAGUUAGAGGGCUUCCUAGGGUGCUUGUGACCCCCCUUUGGUAAAUGUAUCCCUCUUUCUCUUUUCAGAAAGAACAUUUGAAAAUUGAUAAACCAAAGUACAUGCUAAAAUCCUAAAACUCACCUUUGUUGAAUGACGAUGUCUCAGCCCCCUUGUAUCCAAUUUUUUUCAAAAAUCAUCAUUUGAAAGCUCAGGUUGUUUUUUACUAAUUUUUGUCUCUUUUGUUUGUGUGUAUAUUUUUCCAGUUUUAGAGAUCUUAAUUUUUUUUCUCCUCAAAGAUAUUAGCUAUAUAGUGUAGCUACACUAAAAUUUGAGUCAAAAUAGUGGUUAUGUAUGUAUGUCUGGGUCAACAUGAGAAUGUGAUAAGUACUGUGAGUGUUGCAUCAUGUGAUCCCCCCCCCACCCCUUCCCCCCUUUGAAAAAUCCAACCUUUGCUCCUACUGGAAGCAUAAGUGGGUGUCUAAGUGGGCAUCUCUUUUGAUUCCAUUCUUAGGCUAAAGGUCAGCGGUAUGAGUAUGGAGAUUUUGUUCUUAAAUUUGGCCAAGUAUCUGCAGGACCAAGUUUUAAAGGACUUGUCGUUGAGGUAUGUGACUCCAUAUUUAGUAGACAUUACAUUGUCAAGAAGUCUGAAAAUGCUUGCAGAUUCUCUUACCAUUGUGCUCCUCAGUAAAAUGUUGUAGAGACACUAACUGGAGCUGUCUGCAUCAACAGGGUGUCCGUUCUGAAAGUUGACUGUAAAUGGAAACUGUUUUUAAUGAGAAUUGGAAUUGUUUCCGUGAAUCUAAAAAACUCCCACCCUAUCCUCCCUCCCUCUUCUCCUCAAGGCACCCCUCCCCCAAUUCGCUCAUUGUCUUUCAGGACAAACUGUUAUUUUUUUUACCUGUUGUAGCUGGAAUAUCAACCGUGUGAUGACAUCGUACAGUGCUGGAGCCUGAUAAGUGAAUUUUUAAUCAGCUUCAUGGACGAAUCCUUCGUUCUUCCGCCCCCUCCCAAGUGCAACAACAAAACGACAGAGAUGUUUUGUCCUUCAGAUACCAUUCUUCAGUACAUUGGAGUGUUCAACACAUACAGAAAGUCUAUGGGUGUUGCGGCGGGUUCUUUGUCACAGUAAAUUUGUGAAUGUACAUAAAUGAGCGUGUAAACGAACCUGUUCACAAUCUAUGAAGGUUGAAAAUCACCGUUGGGAUAGGAACAGAGCUUCUGUUUGAUCCCCUCUUACCAAGAAAGCAGUUGCCCGGAAUCACUAAGUGCAUUAUUUUCUGUUUUUGUUUUUACCGCUGCAAGGACACACACUCCGUACAGAAAUAUCAUUAACUGUCAGGGCAUGAUAGAUGACUGUAUGCGGAACCGUAAGAAGAAUGUUCGCGUUGGCGUAUGCUCAAGCUGUCCAUUUUAAAGGGCGUUUGGUUUAGUGAUAUCCACGUUUACGUUUUUUAGAGUCCAGAUGGUGGGAAGCAAAAAUCCCUUUAAUACUCGCUUCAAUAAUUCACGUAAACAAGACAAGC